GCUUACCAAGUGCUCAUUUUCAGUGCUGUAUUGUCUUGAUUCUCAGCAGUGUCACUGUAACCUUUGGAUAAGAUUUUAGAUUUCAAGAAAUCUCAAAAAUGUCCAUUGAACUCUUUUUUUUUUCUAUAAUAUCUUAAAUAAAUGUACUUUUUAAGGAUUUAUUGAUUCUAGCUGUUCUUGUGUUUGUUGGUAGAAAUUUGCAGUCUCUUUCUUGGUUGUCUGCAUCAUGCAUUUGAUUGGCAAAUGAAUCCAGGUGUAGUUGGAUUUCUAGGUUCUUAGUGCUAUAUAUUUCUCCAGAGAGCAGCUGCUCCUUUUCUGUGCCACGGUGUUCUGGCUCGAUACUUGGCUGAUUCAUUUCUUGUUAGUUGAAGCUUGCUUCGACACCCACCAUAUGUAAAUUGUGCUGAUUCAAAGGCGCCUUGCAUCUCGACCGUUCACUGGUUUCCUACAAAAUUUGCACUCGAGAACCUAAUUAACAGCACAUCACCCAAUUGCUGAGCACAGAGAUCCGUAGCUGCAUGGCGCCCGCGAUUGCGACCUAUAAGGACUUCCUCUUGUGCUGGAUCGCUUGACAGAGACACGGCAGCACCUCAAUCUCGUUGGCUCGGAACACUCUGACGAACCUCCACGCAAUCACCCAUGAAAAGUCAUCCGGGCGGUGUUUCCUCCGCGGAGCCAGAUCAGCAGCGGGGCGUCUCGUCUCUCCCCCCCUAUUCUGGAAGCUUCUCCAUCCGACCCUCGUGACUCCGUUUUGUAGAAGGUGUCCGUUCCCAACAAAGCAGGGAAGAGACGAGUACGGUACGAGGCGCUCCUUUGCUUGGCCACCGACACGAAGCAAGCAAGCGCCAAGAAACAGCCCCCGUGAGGGCAGCUGCUGCGGUGGCGGCGGAAGAAGGUGACCGAUGGCGGUGGAAGCAGAGGCUUCGGCCGCGGACUUCGCCCUUUCCGAGACCAAUAUCAACUGGGACAGGUUGGACAAGACAAAGUUUCAUGUCAUUGGUGCCGUCCUCUUUACGUUUCAGUCUGGGUUAUUACAUCCAACAGCCGUUGUUAAGACUAGAAUGCAAGUUACUGAAGCUGGGUUAUCGCACAUGCGUGGAAUCUCUGUGUUUAAAAGAAUACUGAGACAUGAUGGAAUUCCUGGACUUUAUAGAGGUUUUGCUACCUCUGCCAUUGGAUCAUUGCCAGGUCGAGUGCUGGCUCUUACAUCACUUGAAGUAUCUAAAGAUAUAAUGUUAAAAAAUACAGAGGGUCUGAAUGUCUCCGAGGCAACACGUAUUGCUUUGUCUAAUGGAGUGGCAGGAUUGGUCUCAAACAUAGUUUCAUGUAUUUAUUUUGUACCCUUGGAUGUGAUUUCCCAGAGACUGAUGGUCCAAGGCCUACCUGAAAUGACUACAUAUAAUGGCCCUUUUGAUGUCAUCCGCAAAGUGAUGAAGAAAGAAGGAAUUCGUGGUCUUUAUAGAGGGUUUGGGAUAACAGUAGCAACCCAGUCACCUGCAACUGCUCUUUGGUGGGGUGCUUAUGGUGCUGCUCAACAUGUUAUUUGGAGGAGCCUGGGCUAUGGAAAUGAUGUGGAGCAAAAACCAUCUCAGUUACAGCUAGUAACUGUUCAGGCAACAGCCGGAACACUGGCUAGUGCUUGUUCAUCAGUUAUCACUACUCCGAUAGAUACAGUCAAGACACGGCUGCAGGUCAUGAAUGAUUAUGCGGGAAGGCCAUCAGUUAUGAAGACAACAAGGAGGCUCCUCGAGGACGAUGGUUGGAGAGGGUUCUACAGAGGAUUCGGACCCAGGUUCUUAAACAUGUCACUUUGGGGCACCUCGAUGAUCGUGACGUACGAACUAAUAAAGCGGCUGUCCUUGAAACACUGAGUAAUAAUUGCAACUGGCUGAGAUAUGAGGCCACAUGGACAAUGCUGUUCAAGGGAGAGGUGUGCUGAUGGGCUGCUGCUUUUGAAGUUGUGGUAAGCUGAUGUUGAAAAAUGCCUUGCUCUCUGCACUUUGGAGGUCACACGGGGGAUGCCACUUGUGCCAUGCUUCUGUUGAUGAGGGCAGUAAGCUGACCUGUUUUGGCCAAAUGAUCCAGGGUGGUUGAUGGCCUUAGGUGCAGCUCGCGCUGACUGGAACUCCUGCUAAUCCCCGACGACGACGUUGUGCGUGCCUGGUCGAUUGAUUACAAAUUAUUCGAGUAGAGGUUUCUGUAAGAAAAUCCAGAGGUAACCGGAUUACAAUGCUGAACUGGAGUUUCCCUUGAAAAAUAGUUAAGAAAAAGGAAGCAGUUUCUUUUGAUGCC